UAUGAUAUUUUUUCUGUGGGAUGCGAUUGCGACUCGAGCAAGAGCAUCACCACCACGUAGAAGAGCACGAGCAGGGGCAAGAAGGCGGGCUUUCGAUAGCGUCAGAAGAGAAUAAAGUAGUCGACCUAAAUUAUUUUCUGUAGCGUAAUUAUCCCACUACUCCCUGAGGGUGGUGCAGUAGUCAGAAGAAAUGAAUGAAGGAGGACGAAUUAAAUUGUGUGAGGUCUCAAGGGAUAUGUUUUAAAGUCUAAUAAAACAUGAUAAAUCAACCAGCAACCGAACGAAAAGCUUAGGCGAGAAGGAACCUGAACGUUUGGAGUUGUGCGUAAGAUAUGGAAAUGUUUUACUAUCAACGUUUUAUUGAAGUCAUUAGCUGGCCAUUUGCAAGGACAUGUUUUUUACAGAACAUCAUCUCUUAUAGAAGACUUAACUCAGGUCUGAUCCCAACUUGACCACCACUGGUUAUGAAAACCUGCAUCCUCAUAGUAAAUCGGCAGGAGGCAAGAUGUUUGUGGAGUCUGUUGUCCGAUGGGGGGCAUUUAGCAUCUUGCUCCAGUGUGGAUUAUUGGGUGUGUCAGCAGGGGACUUCCCCUGGCCUUGCCCUGCCAGGUGUGUGUGUCGGCUUGAGACUUUAGAAGCGAACUGCUCUGACAAACAGCUGACUUCUGUGUCUCAGGGCUUCGCUAGUGGCACCCAGCGCAUUAACUUAUCUCGUAACAAGCUGAAGACGCUGGGUCGUCGCCAGUUCUUUGGCAUGACCCAGCUAGAGGAUCUGGACAUUAGUGACAAUGUCAUCGCCAUGAUUGAAGUGGAGGCUUUCCAGGGCCUGCAGAACCUCAAGACCCUGUGCAUUAGGGGCAACCGCCUCAAGAUCAUCUCUGUGGGGGUCUUCUCCGGACUGCCCAGCCUGCGCUUCCUGGACCUGAGUGAGAAUGAGAUCCUGGUCUUUCUGGACUACACCUUCCGUGAGUUGGUGAGCCUGCACCAGCUGGAGGCUGGGGAGAAUGACCUGGUGUUCAUCUCCCAGCGGGCCUUUACCGGCCUGCAGAACCUGCAGGAGCUCAAUCUGGACCGCAGCAACCUGACCUCCAUCCCCACCGAGGCACUGUCCCAGCUCCAGAGCCUGACUCGGCUGCGCAUGUUCCGCCUCACCAUUUCGGCACUGCCCAACAAUGCCUUCCGCCGCCUGCAUCGACUGCGCAGCCUCGUCAUCUCCCACUGGCCCUUGCUGGACACCCUGGCCAGCAACAGCCUGAUUGGCCUCAACCUCACCUCGCUGGUCCUCAGCAGCUGCAACCUUAGUGCUGUCCCAUACCAGGUGCUGCGCCACCUGGUCUACCUUGGCUACCUGGACCUGUCCUACAACCCCAUCACAGCCAUCCAGGGUAACCUGCUGGGGGACCUGUUGCGGCUGCAGGAACUGCACCUAGCUGGGGGCAACCUGCUCCGCAUCGAGCCAGGGGCCUUCAGGGGGCUGGCUUACUUCCGUCUGCUCAACGUGACAUCCAACCAGCUCAGCACGCUGGAGGAGAGUGCCUUCCACUCGGUGGGGAAUCUGCAGGUCCUGCGGCUAGAUGGGAACCCCCUGGCCUGCGACUGCCGACUGCUCUGGGUGGUCCGCCGGCGACAGCGCCUAAACUUUGAUGGCCGCCAACCCACCUGCUCCACCCCGGACAUGGUGCGAGAGCGGGAAUUCCGGGACUUCUCGGAGAAAGAGCUCCCGAGACUGUUCACCUGUCGGCAGGCCCGCAUUGUAGACCGCAGGUCCCAGGAGGUCAGGGUGGAGGAGGGCACUACGGUGCUCUUCUCCUGCAAGGCGGACGGUGACCCAAUGCCCUCCUUUACCUGGUUGUCAGCCCAGCGGAUUCCGCUCUCCACUACGGGGCGCAUCAGGGUGUUGUCCAAUGGGACUCUAGAGGUACGCUAUGCCCAGGUUCAGGACAGCGGCACAUACCGGUGCACAGCGGGCAACGCUGCAGGCAACGACAGCCUGUACGUCAGCCUCUAUGUGAAGGGUUUCCCACGUAACCGCACCAUGCCCUUUUUCACCGACGAAGGCUGGAUAGAGUCCUCACACGCCCCUACUGCCAACUCCUCUGCCCAGGUGGCCAACCAGUACCCGUUUGAUGCCAAGACACUGAUCAUCGCCACCACUAUGGGCUUCCUGUCCUUCCUCAGCUCAGUGGCUAUCUGCUUCGUCUUCAUGUUCUUCUGGAGCCAGAGCAAGGGGCAAAUCAAACACACAGCCACCAUCGACUAUGUGCCCCGUACCUCAAUGGGGGUAGGAGGAGGAGGAGGGGGUGGAGGUGACGCUGGCAAGUUCACCAUGAAGCUUAUCUAAGGUUAUGUGGGAGAGGACUUGGGACACAUUGACUGUGUCACUCCCUGAGGGUGUGGGGACACGGGUCACAGGGACACGGUCUGCCUUCAGAAAGCUAGAUCCUCAGUGCACCCUUAACAUACGGAAAUUAUACAUAUCUGAUGACAUAUCAUCCUAAAUAUCUUGGAGAAGAAAAUAAUGAACAGUGGUUGUCUAGAAGCCGCUUUAUUUAAACUCUGUUGUCAAUUUUUUUUAAAUGGUGUCAUUUUCUUUAUUCAAGUCUUUAUUCAACAUUACAAUUACAGUGCUACAAAUUGAACAUGAUGAUAUGAAAUAUUAUACAUGUUCAUGUGUAUAAGGAAUGCUCUUAAAGUGUCAAGGUUAAUUUCACUCAUAUCAGGUGUGCUUGGUGGAUCUGAUAUACAGAUAUAUAGUAAGUGUGGAUAUCAUGUGUCAACUUGCCAAUACAGGUCAAGCAAGAAUUGCCCUCUGACCUGAGGAUAACUACUUAUGCUUAUCCACAGACGAUCCAUUCAGAGACUGCAUACUCACCAUUUGCUUAAGACUCUAUGAAACUAUAAUAAUAUGCAAACACAUGACUGUAGUUAUAAUAGAUGUAUAGAAUACUGUACUAGGCUAUAUUCAAAUACGGUAGAUAAAUCAGUUUCACUGUACAGUAACAUUUCAUGGCUCACUUUUUGACUAGCCUCUCGUUUACGAAAACGUUGUUGUUUUGGCGACAGGAGUAUUAUUUAGUUAUCAGAAUAUGACGGUGUCCAGCGGGUGAUGAAAUUCUAAUCUGUACAUGAGAAUGUAUCCAAUUCCAUGUCAUAUUAUAAACAAUCUUUUAAGCUUUAAAUCCUAUUUCCAUUUUCUUUUUUAUAACAAAGUAAGAUAGUUCGCACACAUCAAAUAGAGAAUUCAAGAUUAUUUUUUGCAAGUAAUUUUCUUUUUAUAUCAGUGGAAUUUCAUACUGUAUAAUUUGGUAAGAUAUUGCAAUCAGCAACAAUGCUUCAAUGAUAAUAUAACUGUAUAACAUUCAUGUAACCUCACAUUCAUGUAACCUUCCUGAAUGUUUAUCGAUCACAGGGUAUUGAAAAUAUGUGCCUGAGUAAUCUCACUCGCCAUUAAAGAAACAAUGAUGAACUGUAAUGGCGAACAGUACCUUGUGAAAUUCAAUGUUAAAUGUAGGUCAUGGACAUUUCCAUGCUCUAGGUUACUUUAUGGCUAUAUCUAGUCCUGUGGAUUAGUGCCACUCUUCUUUCAUGUUCACUUGUUGUGUAGGUACACACAAACCAAAAUUCCAAAACAAUGUAAAUGAUGUACACAUCUAUAGUUAAGUCUGUUGUUUUGCUAUCUUAUUUGUAAAAUAUAAUCUUUUUGCAUUUUGAAAUGAUUAAAAACCUCUUUAACCUGC